AUGGCGGGUCUGUUGGGCCUUAAGCCGGAAGCCCCACAACAGGAGCCUGCCCCUUCACCUGAUGAGUGGGUGAAGGCUUUGGGGCAAGCAUUAGAGAAAGUUAUGCCACCCCACCCUGAGUCAAGCCCCUAUCGUAAGCUGAGGUUGUUUUCUGGGGGUCCCACCCCAAUACCUGGGGAGGAAGCAUUUGAGCCCUGGUUGGAGCACACCACUGAGAUGCUGCAGGAGUGGGCGGUGCCUGAUGCUGAAAAGAGAAGGCGACUAGUAGAGUGUCUCAGGGGGCCAGCCCUAGAUGUGAUUCGCACCCUAAAGCUCGGUAACCCAGGGGUCAAGGUGAAGGACUGCCUGGAGGCACUGGAUCACGCCUUUGGGAGAACUGAGGGUUCAGAGGAUGCUUAUUGCAAGUUCCUCAAUGCAAGGCAACAAAAGGGAGAGAAGGGUUCUGCCUAUAUCCAGAGGUUGGAGAAGUUAUUACAGAGAGCCAUCAUGAGGGGAGCCGUAGCAGUUGAGCAAAUGGACCGGACUAGAUUGGCUCAGGUUGUGAGAGGAAUUCAGUAUCAGAACCCAAUCCUUCUCCACCUUCGAUUAAGGGAACGGCAAGAUAAUCCACCAAGUUACUCUCGCCUGAUAAAAGAGGUCCGAGAGGAAGAAGAGAGGCAGGCAGCUGGCGAGGUUUGGGAGGUGCAGCAACACCAGGCAACUGGCACAACAUCCAUGCGGACGCCCAAGGCACUAAUGGUGAAUCCUCAAGAGGAACUUAUCCAGCAAGUGCAGGCCCUGACACAGAAAGUGACUGAACUAGAGAAUACCUUUGAUUCAGCAAAGACUUCGAGGUGCAAGGAACCCUCUGGUACCAUGGUCCAGAGGACUACGUUUAGAACCUCUGCACCACCCCGUCAGCAAGGGAAAGGGCAAUCCUUCUUCUGCUACCGGUGUGGCCAGGGUGGGCACAUUGCUGCAAGGUGUCAGAAUGCAGAGAAUCCCAUGCUGGUAUAUCAAAAGCUGAGGACCACCUGGGGAAAGUCGGGAAACGGCCCCAGGGCCUGGGAAGGGAGCCGCCUAGGCCUGCAGGAUGUGGAGGCUCCCCUGGAAGGAACCAUGCGGCCCGAAUCCCCCCAGGAUUGA